AUGGAAAUUCAAUUUGAAAAUUUUGACGUCAGGGAGCUAUUUGAUAAUAAAUACGUUGUCAUCAUUGGUGAUAGUGUGACUAGGGGCAUUUAUAAAGAUCUGGUCAUGUGUCUGUCGUCCGAUAGAGAAUGCUUGGAUCAGCAAGAACUGAAGCAGAAAGGUGAAAUAUCAUUCCUUGGUGACCAGUUGGUGGAAGGUGGAGUUCAAACAAACGGCAUAGAAUAUAAAGAAAUCAGGGAAUUUUGCACUUCAAGAAUUCUACUGAGAUUUUAUUUUGUCACAAGGUGUUUCAAUUCGUAUGUUGAAACAGUACUGGCCGACUUACAUUUUCACGAAAAACCCGAUAUCCUGAUUCUAAAUAGUUGUCUUUGGGACAUUAACAGAUAUGGUCCUAAUGGGAUGAAGGAAUAUGUCUCCAACCUCAACAGAUUAUUUGCAUCUUUGGAUCUUAUUUUAAAUGAAAAAUACGACAAAACGCGUGAGAAUAAGAUCCUGAAUAAUAAUAAACCACUUAUAAUCUGGCUGACCACUUUCCCAAUAUCCUCGCAACCAAGGGGCGGCCUCUUCACUGAGGAGACGCUCAGUAGAAGUCGAAAAACGCUCCGUUUGGACGUCAUGCAGGCCAAUUACAAAAGCCAACAGCUGGCUCUGAAGUACAACAUAAACGUUAUCGACAUGCAUUACCAUUUCAGAAACGAACUUGACCUUCGAGCCAACGACGGCAUUCAUUGGUUGGGCCAAGGCCAUUUGAAGGCUAGAAAUUUAAUCAUCGAUCACAUUUGUAAGUCUUGGGGUGUCAGGGUUCCAAAAAGG